AUGGUUUCGGAAGAACUUCUCGAGAAAUGUCUCGAGAUCUUACAGGAUCAGGCUCUCGAUGAUGAAGAGCAAGUGGAGAAGGUGGAGGAUUUUCUGCGGGCAAAUACCUCCCUCUCCUCCUCUUCGUUGGAAAAUGCGAUGGCGCGCUCAUCCACACCGUUAUCGCCGCACUCAAAUCUGGGCACCAGCCCCGGAAGUACCUCGUGGGUGCAGAGCUCGCGCGGGGCAUUCUCCCGACCUCCGCUCUCCUCAACCGUCUCCCCAUUUACCUCCCCACGCCCGUCUCCCCGACUGGCACUGGCACAACCAAUACCCCACUCGCCAAAUUUGAAUGCAUAUGAGUUCUCCGAUCAAAGUCAAAUAUCGGAAUAUUAUGCAGAUUUUGGUAGCGACAGCAAUGUUGAAUGGUUGGUGGCGGACGAUGCGAAUAGUGUAACUUCAUCCACUGGAGGGUUUGGAUAUACUGCAUCUUUGAGUGCUACCGCUACGGAGUUCGUACCAGACAUGAGCCCGCAUGACAUUUUGCGCACUGUUUUGGGUGAUAGGCGGUCCAACGAUGAAAUCGAAGCCGCUCUGGAAGCCCACAGUUAUGACCUCGGGGCGACUAUUGCAGCGCUUUCGCAGGAUCAAGAUACCGAUAUUUUUGCCAAACAGGAUGAUGGCCGAGUGGUGGUUGGGAAGUCCAUGGCAAUGGACCAAGUUCGCCCCGUCACGCCCUCAGGCCACUCUCGCAGUCCUGUUGUCUGCAAGUAUUGGCUAUCUACCGGGCAAUGUCUUCGCGCAGAUUGCCGCUUUAGCCAUGAUUUAACCAGCCAUGUGUGCAAAUACUGGGUUAUGGGCAAUUGCCUGGCUGGCGAUGGGUGUCCGUUUUCACAUGAUCCCUCAGCUCUCAUCUCCAACCUUAGUGUCGCGAGCGGCAGUCGACCAGCUUCCCCAGCUGCAGGCUCCCCCUUCCAGAUGGACAGCGGCUCUGAUGCUUUUCCACCGCUGCAGUCAUCAACUGGAUUAGAAGAUCAAUGGACGGGUCCAUAUGGCAGUCGCUAUCCAGCGCACCUCUCUGGUCUGCAAAACAAGAACAUCCCCCCAGGCCUUCACCCGGGAAUGGGCCGACGCAACGGCAGUAUGAAUAAUAUAACUCGUCCGAACUCACGCCCAACAAGCCGCCAUCAGAACCGUGAGCUGAACCCGACCGCCCUCUCUGUCGAUGAUCCAGAUGCCUUCCCCACCCUUGCUGCCGUCAGUGCAAAGAAUGCCGGCAAAAAGCAUCAUGGCAAACGAGGCGGCCACAAUGGUCGCGAUAUCAAUAAAGAAAACAUUCCUUCCUCCAUGGCAGAUGUUGUACGCAUGACACCAUCUCCGGCUCCCAGCAAAGGCAAAUCAUCGUCCAAGAAUGCCAAAGACGCCAAGGGCCGCGAGAACAGCGCUGCGGCUAUGUCGAUCGCGCCUCCGCAGAAUAUCCCGUGGCUCGAGACCGGAACGCGGGCAAAUCAGCAGUAUAUUAAAUAUCGCACAGAGGCAAUUCGCCACGGAACUGUUCGGAAUAAAUUCUUACAGAGCGCUGCCCAAGCUUGGAAUCGGAAUGACGCACGAGCUGCGAAGGCGCUAUCACUGAGAGGCCAGGCUGAGAACGAUGCGAUGCGUCGUUGUCACCGGGAAGCUGCACGCCAGCUAUAUGAAGAGCGUAAUCAGCAUUUGAACCAGGCGGGCCUGGACGAAUCUGCAGAGGAGCUCUAUAUUGAUCUGCACGGCUUGCACCCAGAAGAGGCCAUUGAAUACCUGGAGAAAAUACUACUCAAGCACGCACGCCAGGGACUUCGGGUUGUUUACGCGAUCACAGGCACUGGCCACCACUCGAAAAACGGUAAAGACAAGAUUGGAAAGGCCGUCAAAGCUUGGCUGAACGAAUGGCGUUAUCUAUUCCGAGAAUUCAGCGUGCCUGGCGAGCGCGGGGGAUAUGUUGGAGGUAUCCUCGGUAUUGACCCGACCAGUUAUGAUAAGUCCCUUGCUCGGAGUAUGGCGGAGGAAGAAUCGGCGGCCGCAGAUAUUGGCAACAACCUCACGCUAGGCAAAAUCCAAUUGCUUAGGCGGGAAGAUUUAGAAACGCAAAAUCAAUGA